GCCAGGAAGGGAGGAUGUGUGACUGAGAGUCAGCUGCCGGGAACUGGGUGAGACCAAACUAGUCUCAUCUGAAGGAGCACAGGCCCCCCAGCCACCCCGACUGCUUGACUCCCCCAGGAGUCCGGGGGGCAUAGCUUCCUCCUCUCUCAGAGACCCAGGAAUCUGGAUCAUCAGUCUCUUCAUCACCCAGGACCCAGAAACCCAGCCUUCACCCCAAUGGAGCCCUGCCGGUCCCUGGCCCUGCUCACUAGCUCCCUGGGCCUGGCAUCUCUCUUGCUGGCCCUGAGCACAGAUUUCUGGUUCGUGGCUGAGGGGCCCAAUUAUUCAUCUCACUCGGGCCUCUGGUCGCGGAAUCAGGGCUCAGUAGAAGGCUACAUCCGCGUGACACAGAGCUUCUGCAUUCUGGCCGUCCUGUGGGGUCUGAUCUCUGUGAGCUUUCUGGUCAUGUCUUGCAUCCCUUCGCUGUCUGCCCCUGGACGUGGCCCCAUUGUCUCGACCUUCAUGGCCUUUGCUGCAGGUAAGGACUCCGGGCUGCGCUUGGGGCGCUGGGACCUGACGAGUUUCUGCGGAGGGGCUGAGCGGUCUCUCUUGUCUCCAUCCCCAGCCCUCUCCCUGAUAGUGGCCAUGGUGGUCUACACCAUCGAGCGGUGGAACCAGCCUGGACACUCCCAGAUCCAGUCCUUCUUCUCCUGGUCCUUCUACAUGGGCUGGGUUUCAACAGUCCUCUUUCUCUCUGCAGGUGACUGCUGCCCCGGGGACUUCGGGGGGUGGAUGGGGGCCCAGCUGUGGGCUCUGAGGGAGCAGGGCAGGAGCAAGUGUCUAAUUUCUCUCUGCUACUCCAGGUGGCCUGAGUCUGGGAGCUCAUUGCAGAGCCCCGCGGCAGGGCUAUGAGGCCAUGUGAACCGCGGGAUGGCUUUGGCGCUCCAUUCUCUGAAGGCUUCAUCAGGGACCGUGAGGAUAGCUGGCUCUCCUUCCAGCCCUGACUCCCAGCCUCCGCAGUCUCCUUCCUUUGUGUCUUCACUCAUUCAACAAAAAUUUGCUGGGAUCUGGUUAUUCUGAGGUUAAUGCAGCUACGACAUAAGCCAACAGCACACCUGGUCCAUGGUGGAUGACACUGGGCACCCAGAGAGGAGUCAGUCCUGCCACCUGCCCUGCCCUCAGGGUGCUCCCACCAGAGUGGGGACUCCUGUGGCUCAGGCACGGCCCCCGGGCUCUUGUCUCCCUUCUUCAUCCUUUAUCUCUUUUCUUCCCUUUUUCUUUCUCCCUUUAGCUCUUUUCUUCUCGCUCCCUCUCUGAUUUUGUCACCCUCACCUUCACCCUUAGUCCGUCUUGCUUAUUUCGUUAAUAAAUUCACUCUUGGGACUUCCCUGGUGGCCCAGGGCUUAAGAAUCUGUGCUUUCACUGCAGGGGGCACAGGUUCCAUCCCUGAUCGGGGAAUUAAGAUCUGUAUGCCACAGGGUGCAGCCAAAAAAAAAAAAAAAGAAUAAAUUCACUCUUUCA